AUGAGGGCCUCUAUUCUCCUAAGCUCGUUAAUUCUCAAGUUCGUAUUUGCGGCGCCGUCGAGUAAAAUUGAAAAGAGGGAUCUUUUGACGAUCCAGAACGCCUUCAUCUCUAUUUCAACGGCUGCAUCCAACCUAGAUGUCGCUCUCAGGGCCCUGACGCCCGAUCCCAAAAGCGCCGAGACGCUUGUACCGGCCAUGAUGGACGUUGAAUUUGCUCUCACUCAAGCCCGUACCGACAUCGUGCCUACUCAGCCAAUCUCAAUUACUGAUGGUAUCGUCCUACAAAAUGCCGCCGACACACUAGCUAAGAGCGUUAAGAUUAUGGUCAUGUCCUCAAUGCUCCAGCGCCAAACCUUGGACCAAGUCAACAUGACGCCGAUGCUCUUGAAGUCAUACAUGAACCAAAAUAUGCUCGCGGCUGCUCUUGGCCAGGCUGUCCUAGCCAAGAUCCCAGCCGAGAGCAUCUCCGCUGCUUCAUCAGCGUUCGGCGGGGCUGGUGGCGCUGUCGGUAUGGGAAUCAUUUCCCUCAGUAACCCCCCCUUGGCAAUGCCGCCUGCCAUGGGUGCACUACCCACGGCUCCUCCACCAACGGCUCCUCCAACGAUGGAUCCUGCACCGGCGAUUCCCGCACCGGUGACUCCUGCGCCAGUGGUUCCUCCGCAGACCGGCUCACAGCCAGCAACUAUGAACGUCACUGUGGCCCAGGUACUGGGGGGUCCAUCUAAGUCUAAGAAACUUUGA